AUUACAACUUUCCUGCUGCAUCUCAGAAGGCCGUACUGAAAAGGAAUGGGACACAGGUGAAAGACAACUGGGAAACAGCAACUGUCCAGCCAUCAUCAGAAUUCGUUGAGCCUGAUUUGCACACACCUUUCUCCAGCACUCUGGAGGAAGAGGAGGGGCUGCUUCCUAUAGACCACUCAAGAGGAGGAGUGGAGAGCCUCCAGACCUCAGGACCAGAGCUUACAUCUUUUGAACCAGUGGGCCAAGAGGACUCCUUCUCCCUUCUGUUUUCCACAGCCUCUGCCAGGCCAGGUAUUGUUACCGAGGCAGCCACAGGAGAGCAAGAAGACGACUCUGUUCCUCCAGGCUUAGACCUUGGGAGCAGCAUGGGACCGAGUCUUCUGCCUGUGUCCUCUAUUUUUUCUACUACUGUUGCUACAAGGUCUCCCAGCAUUUCAGAAGAGCCAUUUGAGAUGACAGCUGGGGACACGUGGGCUGUUGAGGGAGCAGAUUUGGGUCUGAGUGUGACAACCACGAGAGCAGAGCUUGCAGAAGCCACAGUGGAACCUGGUGGGGAAGAGCAUUCAGCCAGAGAGGAGGUCUCGGAGACCACGCUGGGGUGGGAAAUGCUGGAGCCCACAGUGCAAAGUGAAAUGGAGCAGACAGUGGAAACACCUGUGGGGACUUUCUCUUCUGGAGGCAGCUUCCCAGGCACCCAAACUCUUUCUGGGAGUGAGCGCCACUCCACUUCUUCUGCAUCUCCAUGGGGCAGGGUUGACGAGCCUGUGCUGGAUCCCAUUUGGAAUGAGACUGAGUCAGCCACUGAGGCUGUGGCAGCAGAGAGGAGCUUGUCACCGCAGGCUGGGGACGCCCGCGUGGCCAUGCUGCCAACAGAGAUGCCCUGGGACUCGGCACAGGUAAUCUGCAAAGACUGGAGCAACCUUGCGGGGAAGAACUACAUCAUCCUGAAUAUGUCGGAUAACAUUGACUGUGAGGAGUUUCGGCUGGAGAGAGGUCCCCAGCUGUUGGCACUGGUGGAGGAUGCCUUCUCCAGACAGGCGGAUGGACUGCAGGACCGCUGGCUGAUCUCUCUGAGCAAGCCCAAUGAGAACGACAAGCACUUGCUAAUGACACUGGCAGGGGAGCAGGGCGUCAUCCCUACGAAAGAUGUUCUCAUGGCACUGGGGGAUGUUAAGAGGAGCUUAGCUGAGAUUGGCAUCCAGAAUUACUCGACCACCACAAGCUGCCAGUCACACCCCAACCAGACACGCAGUGAUUACGGGAAACUCUUUGUGGUACUGGUGAUCAUCGGCUCCAUCUGCGCCAUCAUCAUCGUAUUGGGGCUCAUAUACAACUGCUGGCAGAGGCGCCUGCCCAAGAUGAAGAACAUGUCUCACGGUGAGGAGCUGCGCUUUGUUGAGAACGGCUGCCAUGACAACCCCACCUUGGAUGUGGCCAGUGACAGCCAGUCCGAAAUGCAGGAGAAGAAGCCAAGCGUGAAUGGUGGAAACACCAUCAAUGGCCCUGACAGCUGGGAUGUCCUGAUCAACAAGCAGGCGAGCGAGGAUGUGGAUGUGUUUGAAGAAGACACACAUCUUUAG